GAACGAUGUGUAUUUCAUUAGUGGCACUGUUUGUGGAAUUUUUGCCCUAUCUAUGUGUGGUGACUGUGCCUAUCUACGGCUCCUUUUGCGGUGUUGAUCUUAUUUUACGAGUGUCUUUCCUUCUAUAUGCAUAUGUCAUAUGUAGCGAAUUCGUGCCUGGUGUUUUGUACCAGGUAUUGCCAUACCUGAACAUUGGGAUCCUGUGCCUGAUCUGUUUUUACCUGCCUGUUAACCUCGUUCCUUACCCAUUGGUAUGGAUAUACGACAAGGUCCUGUGGAUGUCCGAGUUUGGGCUACAGGUAGCGGAGAUUGUGCUGGCACUCAAUUUUGUCAUGCAUGUCAGUCAAAGAGUGAUGGAAAAAAUUGAAGAGGAACAGUCGCCAGUUUUAAAGUUUGUGGUUAUCUGCUUCACAUCCCUGUGCUAUGCCAUGAUGGCAUCAUUUGGUCUGGCCAUUUACAAGGAGGGCUCUAUGGUCCAGCUAUGGCUGCUGUUCCUAGUAAUGGUGUUGUGUCUGGCCGUUCACAACAUGAUGUGGAUGUCACAGGAAGGUAUCCUGUGUGAUGCGGCUUUUUCCUGUCUGUGCUGUGUGGCAGUGCUGUAUGCCAUGAAAGAUGAAACUCAACUUAUCAAGCACCCACUUAAUACACCUGAAACCUGGUAUAGAUAUGACAAGAAACAGUCCCUCAUCAGCAUUGGGAGGUAUAUCAUUGGCAGCUCAAUAGAUAAUGCUGGUCUUGCUCUUGAGUUCUUGAUGAAGUUUUUGCGACCUUUCUUUCUGGUCACCUUGGGUAUUCGGCUUUACUGUAUUCUGUACAUUACAGAAAAAGUCACCAAGAACUUCUUUGACAAGGACGAUUCCAUGGAAGACUACUUUGAUCAAGAAGAGCGUCUGUCUCCGUGGCGAUCCCCCAUUACCAUGAAGCUUGCUGUGAUUUUUAUGUUCACACAGAUGACUACAAACCUGUUCUAUGCUAGUCGAGGAAUUUCCUUUGCCAGGUUCUAUCCCCUCGAGUUCCUGGAGAACUUCUACCCAAGUGACAUUGUUUUGGGUCGUGUGCUCCAAAUUCUGGUGGUGAACGUGUUUUACAUGUGGCGUCUUUACUGUGCAGAGGAAUGGGAGUGGAGUGACUGGUUCUCUUCAUAAAUGUUCUGAAUUAUCCCCUCUACAUACUGAUCUUCAUAGGCUCCCCUCCAACUUCCAAGUCUUGAUCACCUAAUUCUCCCCUGUGAUAGUUAACUCCCAGUUAUCUCCCCUGGGACUGAUUCUGCUCUGAGGUCCAUUUUUAUACUUCAUCCAGUUAUUCCUCCUGGUACAUUUCACUGCACUUUAAGUAUAUAUAUUUCAAUGGUUGCCAGGCUACCAUUUUUGAUUUGGCUGUUAAUAGAUAAUAGUUUAAAGAUUAAUGUCCUAUUUCUGUAAAGAUAUGUUCAAAUUUCUUAUCAAUAAGAGCAAAAGAAGAGAAGGAAAGAGAACACAAAGGAAGAGAUCCAACAAUGAUGGGCAGCAAGGUCCCUCUAGGAUCUCAUGUUAAUGAAAAACAUAGAAUAUAUGGCUUGUGUGAAUUUGUACAAAAGUGCCUUUAUAGCAGUUUUUACCUUAAUAUCAAUCAUUAUAUCACAACUAACAGUGGACGCAAACAUCCAUCUGGGAUCUUUUGUUACUGAUUAUUAAACUCCCCAUGUAGUUAAAGGUUGAAAGGUUAUCACUUGGUGUGUAUCCAUCUAAGUGUGUGUCCAUCUGUACAAGCAUGUGUUCAAGAUAUCUGUUGAACUGAUGGAAAUGGCCAAACGGAGUCAAAUUGACUAAAAACUUUGAAGGAUGUGGAUAUGAUAGAAGUUUCUUGAGGUGCUUUAUCAAAAUAUUAAAUUUAAGGACUCUACAGUCUCUGGAGUGUAGGUAAAAUUUACAUUGGAAAUUGAGGAAAAUGUCUUCCAUUUUGAUAGGACGUAAUUCAGACCUAGUGAGAAGAUUUAGUACAGGAGGACAUUUUGAUGGUAAGCUUAUAUUGACCGUGGCUGACCCCCAGUGACUUAUGGGAGGGCCACAAAGGGUCAUAUUGACUCACUUAAAAAAAAAAAAUGUCUCUAGACCAAGAUAUUUUAGAAUUAAAUAAUAUGCAUGGAUGAAAGGGUCUGAAGCUGCUUAACUAAAAUUGUGAAUUUCUUUACAGUUUUUACCUAAUUUAAUUUCCUAUGGAAGAGAUUUAAUCUUGGUAACAAUUGUUAACACAGGAUGGCAGUUUAAUGUUAUGCACAUUUUACAUUGUAUUACAUGUACAAUAUAUUUUAUCUUACUUUAUUAACAAGAGAAUUUCCUUGACAUAUGUUACAUCAACAAAAGUUUUUAUAAAACUUAGGUGAUCUUAAAGUAAGACCCUUUGGUCUCUUGUUUGAUGAGUGUAGAUGAUACUCUAUGAGAUGGUGGAAAUAUGGUGCUUUCUUUAAUAGUUAUGUACAUGUUAAUGUAGAUGUCAUUAGGCUCUAUUUCUAUGCAGUAAACUUAUUUUAAAAAAUAAAGAUAAAUAUUUAAAGUAUAGAGAGGGAGAGAGAGCGAAGUAAAAUAGAGAGAGAGCUAACUAAAAUGGAGAAAGAGAGAGAGCUAACUAAAAAAAAUAUAUAUAUAUAUGUAUAGAGAAAGAGAGAGGGAGAGAGAGAGUAAACUAAAACAACCCCGGGAAGGAUUUGCCUCGUUGUGAUGUAUCAUUGGUCGGUGGGGCUUACUGCUGGUUAUUGUUGACCCUAAUAUGGGGUCACCGGGUUCCUUCCGCUGUAAAACUCUCUUAGUGCUUAAAUCUUGACCAAAAACUGUGAUUACUACAAAUUUCUAUUCCUUGUUUGUAAAUCAGUAGUCUUUAGUAAUAUGUACAUGCCUACCAUCUCUCCUCACGUGACCCUGGCUGUUGAGAAGACGAUUAAGGACAUAGGAAACGGUUUUGAUUUUUUUCUAAACGCAAAUCAAACGUUUCAUGGAGCGGUUUAUAAAGCACAGCGGGUACUUGCGGUGUCCGGUAUAAUCUGUCUCUUAGUUUCGAGCCUUCAAAAUAAAAGCAGCCAUGGUUACUGGGUCAUAAUUUCGAUGCGUUUCGAGGUCACGUGACACCGGUACCAUGACCGGGAGGAUUCCACUUGUUACACUUACAUUCAUGUGUUUUCCAAAACUGACACGUCUGAAAGUGAAUUACACCGACGUGAACACAUUCGAGACAAAAUUCUCUGUCCAUAUGAAGUGAUCUCGACAUAAACCACACGAUAACGUAUGUAUUUGAGUAUUUUUAACAACUGAAUACGUCACAAGUUGACAUCAGGGACGUACAACAAUAACCUGUUGUGUACGUCCCUGGUUGACAUUAAACAGGUCACCUUCCUAACGAGCAACUACGUGACGUGAAAUCUGAAAUUUUUUUUAUGCGAUACUCUGUACAUCGUAAAAAAGGUUUCAGUUUAUCAAUUUAAUUUGUAUAAUAUAAAUACCAAGAUGUCUAACUUAAAUGGAUUUGUCCUAAUCAAGAACAGCCAGUAAAACAAAAACGUGGAGGACCAACUUCUAUUUUCCAUUCCAAUAUUUGUUUUUUAAAAUCCGAAUAAUGCAUUGUUGCUUGGAUGUAAAACAUUGGCAGAACGCUGUCGGGUCGCUAAUCAAGUGUCCGAGAGAUUACGAACGUUCAAUGAUUAUGAGGUUCCAUUGUAUCAUAGCGAUUUAAUAACCCCCCUGUCGUUGAUUAAAGUCGUAUAAUCAUGUCGUUUCUAUGGCUAUUUUUAGGAAGCCUGCUGGUCGUUUGUGAAACGGUGUUGAUCACUACACGAAGUCACACAAAUUUAUUGUUAUAGAGAAGUUAAAAUUGGUUUCUGAAGUCGUGACAACUGUUUUAAAUGUUAUUUAAUCUCUGUUUAAACUUUAGACUUUUUCAAAAUAAGUGAUUUCUCAUCGUUGUUUUUAUCUAUCAAAAUUUGUACGAGUGAUUCCCCUUUAAGCACUUUGUGAACAGGCUGUCAGCACGUAGUGGGAGUUACUGACAAUAUUAUAUUAUAAAUUAGAUGGAGGACGCUACACACUAUACGUCCCUAAAUAGAUAGUGCCAAUCCCAUGCCAAAUGUAUUAUAUAUACAAUGUAUAAACGUAUGAGUAUAUUCAACGUGUGUAGAUAUUUUUGAUAUCGUAUAAUUGAUAUAUUGAUUUUAUUUUAAAUGUAAAAAAAAGGUUUUUGUUACUAACCCAACUUGUCUUUGAUCUGCAAAUAGUUAGCGAAACAGUGCCUCGGUCUUUUACCGAACAGAUCCUGAUAUAUAGACUGGACAUUCAGUAUAGUAGGUAUAAUGUAGAAUUGUGGGUAGCAUCUUGUAUGUGAUACGGAGGGGACACUACACAAUAAACAACCUAUCGGUGAUGAA